AUGGUUCGCUUGGCUGCCAUCAAAUAUCCUCAGCUCGGCAGGACGGAGGCCGUCCUGCAGAUCUUCCAGAAUUUGGCCACCUUCCAGGGGCAAACCAAAGAUGUUUUCUCCGAGCUGGAUGAUGCUGUGCUGAAUAUCUUGGAAAUUGCAAGGCCCUUUUUGGUGAAACUUGUGUCUUCCCUCCACUCUGAAAGUGAACUCGGUAAACUCUGCCAGGAGCUCUGGUGGGACUUGGCCAAGGCCUUCGUCGUCCCGGUGCCGCUGACGGUCUCCGAGUUGGAGCCGCACAAGCAGCGCAUCUGCCGCCCGGGCUGGGAGGAAUGGUUUGGCUCGGGGCAGCUCCCCAAGCAAACUGCACAGAUAGGGAAGCAGGAGGGAGCCACGCAGCGUGGCCACAGCACAGAGGUGUCCUUCGUAGCAUACCUGGCAAGUAAUGAUCAAAGUUUCUUGCUGUCCAUCCUAAACGAUGCGCAGAAAUGCAGCCAUAGCUGGCAAGUGCUGCAAUUCGUCAGUGAGGAGUUGAAAAAUGAUCGCGAAGUCUUUCGUGCAGCCAUUUGCUCCCAGCCUCAAGGCUGGAAGGCGUUGCGCUUCGCAUCUUUGAAUGUGCGCAAAGAUACAGCACUCUGUCAGGAGGCAGUGAAGCAAAACGUGGCGGCCAUCGAGUACAUUCCCACCGACUUGAGACACAACGGCACUUUCCUGUCCCUCUACCUCUUCAUUGCGUUGCAAAAGCUCAAUACAAAAACAGAAAACAAAUUUGAAAACGACUUCAACAAAGCCUUGCGCAGUGGCGCGCAGCCAAGAAAAGGUGUUGGCAUGCAGAAUGUCAAGAACGUAAAGACAGAGCGUGUUGUGCCGCUGGCGGCGGUCUGUGUCCAGUGCGGUAGCAGGUGUGUCCUGGCUUCUGUAGGUUUCUACAAUACCGCAACGAAAAAGGCGACAGGCGAUCUACGCUAUCCCGGUGUCAAGGUAAAGGCGGGCGAAUCGCCCUACGACGCGGCGGCGCGGCUCUGCAAGACUAGGCUGGCUCCCUGGGCGGAGUUUGUAGAGGUCGAAACUGCCUCCUUUGACGCGAAGGAGGAGGAGGACAUCUCGCACUCCACGGGGCUUCCUUCGCGCUAUCUGCGCACCAGCUUCCGCGGCCACAUGGAGCCCUCGGUGAACUGGGCCCAGAAGGUGAAGUUCGUGCCGUGUCGCCUUCCCGGCGCUAUCGGCGGCGCCAAAGUCAGCUCCACACAGAUGUCGCUGGCCACGAGGUAUCGACGGGCGCAGAGCUUCACGUUGCCACCCUUGCCGCCCGAGAUCUUUGCCUUCAAGCAGGAUCUGAAGAAUGAGGAAAUCAUCCUGUAUGCUUGGCUGCCAGAUUGGGAAUUUGAGCACUUGCGCUACACCGCGCAAGGGAAAGCCCUGGUGCGCUUUUGGGUCCAGUCAGGUGACUACUCGGUGCUUCAUCAGGACGUGCCGCGGUGUUUCGCUCCGUCCUUGGCGUCCCCGGAACGGCCCUUGCAGUACUCGGCGGCCAAGAGGACCGUGCUGUCGGCACAGAAAAUGGCGAACAUUGCGAAAACUUUGGCGCAGCGUCGGGAGAUGGCCAAUCGGAAGAUUGCACGCGCCGCUGUGGUGACCAACGACUUCUAG